AAGAAGUUUUAGCGCGGGGCAACUGGUCCCGCGAAUACGUCUGUGUUUAAUCCAAUCUCCGUUAAUAGUGCGGCCUAAAACGAUGUGGAAGCUUCUGUGGACCGCCACGCUUGUGGCGGCCCUCUCAACGUGCGAUGGGCACGAGAGAAGCAAAAGAGCAAUAUAUGGUUAUGCGCAGCCUCAAGAAACGUUCGAAGGCUACGAUUAUUCCCCGCCAAGUAACCCACUCGUUCUUCCAACCAGUAACGAGCAAGUCACUGAAAAGCCUGGAAUAAAUGAACACAACUAUCCAACAUCGAUAAAUCAAAUCACGCUACCAACGAGGCCACCCCCACCACCACCAACACCGUCACCGAGACCACCACAACCUCCGGUUCAAACGAGACCACCGCAAACAUCUCAGGUGACUGGAUACGACUAUCCAAAACCAGAAAAACCAUUCCCGCCAAUAAAGAGACCAACGUCACCGCCAGUGAUCGCGACUAGGCCUCCACCACCACCUCAGAGACCCGAGUAUGAAUAUCCUCAACCAAACAACCCAUUCCCGUUUCCAUCAAGACCGCCAUCACCACCUCAAGUACCGACCAAACUACCACCGGUGAUCCAGACGAGGCCAACGCCUCCCCCUGUGAUUCAAACAAGGCCUCCACCACCGCCGCAACGACCAGCAUAUGAAUACCCUCAACCAAACAACCCAUUCCCGUUCCCAGCAAGACCAACACCACCACCUGUAAGUCAAACACGGCCACCACAACCUCCGGUACAGACCAGACCACGACCAAUAAAAAUACAAUCAACUCCGCCACCGAUAUCUGAAGUAACUGGAUACAACUAUCCAAAACCGGAAAAACCAUUUCCACCACCACAGAGGCCAACACCACCACCAGUGAUCCAGACAAGGCCAACACCUCCGCCUGUGAUUCAAACAAGGCCCCCACCACCACCGAAGAGACCAGAGUAUGAAUACCCUCAACCAAACAACCCAUUCCCGUUCCCGGCAAGACCAACAUCACCACCUGUAAUUCAAACACGGCCACCACCACCUCCUCCUCCGGUACAGACCAGACCACCGCCGGUGAUCCAGACGAGACCAACGUCCCCACCCGUGAUUCAAACGAAGCCUCCACCACCUCAGAGACCAGAAUAUCAAUACCCGCAACCAAACAACCCAUUCCCGUUCCCGGCAAGACCAACACCACCACCUGUAAUUCAAACACGACCACCACCACCUCCGAUACAGAACAGACCACAACCAAUAAAAAUACAAUCAACUCCGCCACCGAUAUCUGAAGUAACUGGAUACAACUAUCCAAAGCCGGAAAAACCAUUCCCGCCACCACAAAGGCCCACGCCGCCACCGGUGAUUCAAACAAGGCCAACGCCUCCGCCUGUGGUUCAAACAAGGCCCCCAACACCACCGCAGAGACCAGAGUAUGAAUACCCUCAACCAAAUAACCCAUUCCCAUUCCCAGCAAAACCAACAUCGCCACCUGUAAUUCAAACACGGCCACCACCACCUCCGGUACAGACCAGACCACCGCUGGUGAUUCAGACGAGGCCAACGCCUCCACCACCUCAGAGACCAGAAUAUGAAUAUCCUCAACCAAGCAACCCAUUCCCGUUCCCAGCAAGACCAACACCACCACCUAUAAGUCAAACACGGCCACCACCACCCCCGGUACAGACCAGACCACGACCAAUAAAAAUACAAUCAACUCCACUACCGAUAUCUGAAGUAACUGGAUACAACUAUCCAAAACCAGAAAAACCAUUCCCGCCACUACAAAGACCCACGCCAGCACCGGUGAUCCAGACAAGGCCUACGCCUCCGCCUGUGAUUCAAACAAGGCCCCCACCACCACCGCAGAGACCAGAAUAUGAAUACCCUCAACCAAACAACCCAUUCCCGUUCCCAGCAAGACCAACACUACCACCUGUAAUUCAAACACGGCCACCACCACCUGUGGUACAAACAAGACCUCCACCAAUAAUUCAAACGAGACCUCCAACGCCAUCAAUAGAAAAACCUGGGUACAACUAUCCAACUCCGCAGGAACCAUUCCCUUUUCCAAGCACAACCAGCAGGCCAUUUACGUAUCAAACUCCGAGUACAACAAGCAGGCCAUAUACUUAUCAAACUCCGAGUACAACAAGCAGGCCAUAUACUUAUCAAACUCCAAGUACGAGCAGUAGGCCAUUUACGUAUCAAACUCCGAGUACAACAAGCAGGCCAUAUACUUAUCAAACCCCAAGUACAACCAAUAGGCCAUUUACGUAUCAAACUCCGAGUACAACAAGCAGGCCAUAUACUUAUCAAACCCCAAGUACAACCAAUAGGCCAUUUACGUAUCAAACUCCGAGUACAACAAGCAGGCCAUAUACUUAUCAAACUCCGAGUACAACAAGCAGGCCAUAUACUUAUCAAACUCCAAGUACAAGCAGUAGGCCAUUUACGUAUCAAACUCCGAGUACAACAAGUAGGCCAUAUACUUAUCAAACCCCAAGUACAACCAGUAGGCCAUUUACGUAUCAAACUCCGAGUACAACAAGCAAGCCAUAUACUUAUCAAACUCCCAGCACAACUAGUAGGCCAUAUACUUAUCAAACACCAAGUACAACCAGUAGGCCAUUCACGUAUCAAACUCCGAGCACAACUAGUAGGCCAUUUACAUAUCAGCCGUCAAGUACACCAGUGCCAUUCCAAGGAUCCACUUAUCUGCCUCCGGUCGACACAACGCCUCGACCGAAGCCAUACCAACCUCCGACCCCAUCUCAACCGCCAUUCCGACCCUCGUACCAACCUCCAACACCAACACCACCACCUUACCAACCACCAACCCCGACAAGACCCCCAUACCAGCCAUCAACACCACCGCCCUACCAACCACCAACCCCGACAAGACCUCCAUACCAGCCAUCAACCCCGAAGCCAGCUCCUUAUCUACCUCCAAAACAACCUUCGACUCCAAUCAGACCUCCAUAUCAACCACCAACACCAACACGACCACCUUACCAACCACCGACACAGCCACCAACGCGACCACCUUAUCAACCACCAACCCCGACAAGACCCCCAUACCAGCCAUCAACUCCAAAACCAGCUCCUUACCUACCUCCAAACCAACCUCCGACGCCAACACGACCACCUUACCAACCACCGACACAACCACCAACACGACCACCUUACCAACCACCGACACAACCACCAACGCGACCGCCUUACCAACCACCAACCCCGACCAGACCUCCCUAUCAGCCUUCGACUCCCACACGACCUCCUUACCAACCUCCAACGCCGACACGACCACCUUACCAGCCCCCAACUCCGACCAGGCCUCCAUAUGUGCCUACUAACCAGACACCGACUCCAAUCAAACCACGACCUCCCCAGCAACCUGUUACAAGACCUCCGCCAUAUUUACCUCCGUCCUCUGCAAGACCUGCUUACACGAGAAUCGAUGUGCCGCCAAAUCCUACUGUACUUUACAGCAUUACACCUAGUACUACUAGCCCACGACCUGCGACAGGCAGUCCAUAUUCUCCACCAACAAUUCCUACACCCACAUCUCCGAAAAAUGAUGGAUAUCACUACGCGAUCCCAGAUAUACCAUUCGAUUACUAAAAAUCUGAAAUCAAGUAAGUUAGUACUAUUGUUCGUAUUGCAGUGGUUCAAUACUAUAAUAAAAAUGCGUUUACAUGAACGGACGAUACUUCUUUUUUAAGAAAACUAUAGGAAAGUAAUUGCUGUCUUCAAAUGUAUUCUGUAACGAGACAAACUCUUUUUAUACCUUUAUGUGCAAUGUAUGUGAUUACGAAAUGAAUAAACACAUAUUGUUAGUAAA